CGAUUCCUCCUGAUUCGCUCCUCUCGCGUUGUUUACAUAAUACUUUUCUUAUCAUUUUCUGACCAAAAGUUAUCAAAACAUACCUCAAAUUGCUGCUAAAAUGCUGCGACAGUGCCCCAAAUUGACUGUGCUCUCUGUGCGCUGCAAGCAUGACAGCGCUGGAAGUCUGGCUCAGAUCCGGGAGCGUCUGGCCACGGGACCCAACUUCCAGGACUUCGUGCAGAAUCCGACGCAGUCGCGGGCCGAGUGGGAGGAAUACGAGGGGAAAUUGAGGCGUGAGAAGAACGAAACUGAGCGAUUGAGGCUGCCACCAUGGCUGAAGACGACCAUUCCGACAGGGCAAAAUUUCUCGCGAAUUAAGGCGCAGCUGCGGGAGCUGAAGCUGGCCACGGUGUGCGAGGAGGCGCGCUGUCCCAACAUUGGCGAGUGCUGGGGCGGAGGUGAGCACGGCACGCAAACGGCCACGAUCAUGCUGAUGGGCGACACGUGCACGAGAGGCUGUCGCUUCUGCUCGGUGAAAACAGCCCGCAAUCCGCCGCCGCUGGACGCCGAGGAGCCUCGCAGGACGGCCAAGGCUAUCGCCAGCUGGGGACUGGAUUACAUCGUCCUGACGUCCGUGGACAGGGACGAUUUGGCUGAUGGCGGAGCGAAUCACAUUGCAGAAACUGUGCGGGAGAUCAAGAAUCUCAAUCCCAACAUCUUCGUGGAGUGCCUCGUGCCAGACUUCCGUGGGAAUGGGGAAUCUGUGAGGAUUGUGGCAGAAUCUGGACUGGAUGUGUACGCUCACAACAUCGAAACUGUGGAAGAUCUGACGCCAUUCGUGCGCGACAGGCGAGCAAACUAUCGGCAGACGCUGAAAGUCCUCAGAGAGGCGAAGGAGAUCAAUUCCAGCCUCGUCACCAAGUCGUCAAUUAUGCUGGGUCUCGGCGAGACGGACGACCAGAUCGAGCAGACGCUCAAGGAUCUGCGAGAGGCUGGCGUGGACUGUCUGACGCUGGGUCAGUACAUGCAGCCCACGAAGAGACACCUGAAAGUCAACGAGUACGUGACGCCGGCUAAGUUCAAGGUGUGGGAGGACAGGGGUAACGAAUUGGGCUUCCUCUACACGGCCAGCGGACCUCUAGUGAGGAGCUCCUACAAAGCUGGAGAAUUCUUCAUCAGCAGCAUCCUCAAGAGUCGCCGCGAGAAGUCCACAAAGUUGAUAGAAUAGAGACGAAAUAGACAAAUCCAGAGAAUAGAUGAAUAAAUGAAUCACCAGGGUGGAAUCAUGCAAGUGCAGGAAGUGUGACUAAAAGAUGUAAAGUCAUGGGCAUGUUCGCAAGAAAUCCCGCUGAGUGGCAAAUCAA